AUGCGGCGCGCGAAAAAUCGCUCGUGCUGUCGGUUGUCACAUUCAUAAUCUGUUUCUGUUAAAAUUUCCCGUAGCCGUUCAAAUACUUUUCAAUAAGCAUGGCGAGUUUGUUGGACCUCUGCGAGCAGUAUUUCGGUGCGCGUAACUUUUACGACGUCCUGAAAAUACCGAAAACCGCGAACGACAAGCAAGUGAAAAAGGCCUAUCACAAGCUGUCGUUACUCGUGCAUCCGGAUCGAGUCGAGGAAAGCAUAAAGGUCGAAGCGACGGAAAAAUUUAAGGUCCUCGGUAGAAUACAUUCCAUCCUCAGUGACAGCGAGAAGCGCAAGAUUUACGAUGAAUCCGGCCAAUACGAUGAGGAGAGUGAAGAUGUGGUGAUGCGCAACUGGGCCGACUACUGGAGGUCUUUGUUUAAAGAGAUUACCGUUGAAGAUAUUAAUAAUUAUGAGAAGACUUACAAAGGAUCCGAAACGGAGAUCAAGGAUCUCAAAAGAGCGUACAUGGACAGUAAAGGAGAUAUGGAUUACAUUCUGGAAGCGGUUCCAUUUACCAAUUGCGAUGAAGAACCAAGAUUACAUGCCAUAAUUGAAAAUCUGAUAGAGACAGGCGAGGUACCGGAAUACAAAGCCUUUACCAAUGAAAAUGCUAAGAAAAAGCAACGCAGGAAAAGAAAGGUAAAAUGUUAAAUACAAUUUUCUUAUUUGUAUAAAAAGAUACUAGUAGUAUAAAAAGAUGUGACGAAAAUUAAGUGAUAUUUAAAAUAUUUUUCUCCCUUAAUGUGGCUGACAAAUGUUUCAGUUAUUUUGUUAAAUUAUCUCAUAACAUUAUAUAUCGAGAUAAAAUUAUUAUAAAUAUCGAAAUAAAAUUGCAGUAAAAAAAGCAACAGCCAAUUAGAAUUAAAUUAUAGAUGUGAGCGUGUAAAUAUUCAUGAUAACAAGAUUUCACUGGUACAGUUUUUUCACACUUGUAUGAAUCCGUGGCCUUAAGUAGCUAUUAGCUAUAUAAGUAGCGCGAUUAGCAGCGCGCAUUUCUAGCGCGAAUUUUAAAUCGUUAACACCCUCUUUAUUCAUGCUAAAUCAGUUACCUCAACAGUCUUUUAAUGCCCCUCCGCGCUAUUUUGAAGCUUCUCUAUUUUUACUGAUAGUCUAUAGAGCUUGAUGAGUAGAAGGUAGUAGGAGGAAUGUAGGAGCAUUUAGGAGGGGAAGGUCUAGUAAAUAAGUAACCUACGAGUGCGGGGACUGGCCAGUCCGCGUUACAAUUAGUUCGGCCGUUUGUCGUCAAUCGUACCACGAAACAUCCCUCUUGCGAUGACGUUACAUUUCGUUCUGUGAAAAUUGAGGUCCUUGCGAUGAAUGGAAGAUAUUCUUUCUUUAUGGCGAUUAUUAUUACCAGUUGAAGCGAAUUAUAUCGUGUAUUCCUCGCGUAUUUCUCUUGCAUGCCGAUUUGAAAAAAAAA